AUGAAAUACUCGGUUAAAGAGCCGAAGAGUGCGGCCAACGAUCGGUUCAUUCUAAGCAAAGGACACGCGGCGCCCAUACUGUAUGCCGCGUGGGCUCGCACUGGACUCUUCCCCGUCAGUGAUCUCAUGAAUCUAAGAAAACUCAACUCCGAUCUCGAGGGACAUCCGACGCCGAGAUUAAACUUCGUUGACGUCGCGACCGGUUCUUUAGGACAGGGGCUAAGCAUUGGCGCCGGAAUGGCAUACGUCGGCAAAUAUGUGGACAAAAGCCCGUAUCGAGUCUAUUGUAUUAUUGGAGACGGAGAGUCAGCCGAGGGAUCCAUUUGGGAAGCGCUGUCUUUCGCGAGCAUUUAUAAACUCGACAAUUUAGUGGCCAUUUUCGAUGUGAAUCGAUUGGGUCAGAGCGAAGCCACGGCUUUUGGUCAUCAGAUGGAUAUCUAUUUGAAUCGUUUGAAUGCCUUUGGCUUUGAAUCUCAUGUCGUGGACGGGCAUAAUGUUGAGGCACUCGCCGAUGCAUUCGAUAAGUGCUCAAAAACUAAAGGCAAACCGCAAGCAAUCAUCGCUCAAACAUAUAAAGGUAGAGGUUUUGUAGGGAUUGAGGAUAAGGACAAUUGGCACGGAAAGCCUUUGGGCGAUAAGGCGUCGGAAGUGAUCAAUGUUUUGAAACAGAAAAUCUCAGGUAAUCUGAAUUUGGCGAUCAAACCCCCGGGAAGUGCUCCCGUUGUGGAUCUCAAGUCUGUUAAGUUGUCUGAACCACCGAACUAUAAGUUGGGAGAUCUGAUGGCCACCCGUCAGGCGUACGGCCCGGCUCUGGUCAAGUUGGGAAAGACGUGUCCGCAAGUGAUCGCAAUGGACGGCGACACCAAAAACAGUACCUUUUCUGAAGUCUACAAAAAGGCAUUUCCCGACCGAUAUAUCGAGUGCUUUAUCGCUGAGCAAAAUCUGGUGGGCGUUGCCGUCGGCGCCGGUUGUCGGCAAAGAACUAUCCCUUUCUGUUCGACAUUCGCGUCGUUCUUCACGCGAGCCUUCGAUCAAAUACGAAUGGCCGCCAUAUCUCAGGCCAACAUCAAGUGUGUCGGCUCGCACUGCGGCGUCUCUAUUGGAGAGGACGGACCCUCACAAAUGGCAUUAGAAGACAUCGCGAUGUUUAGGACAAUCCCUAAAUACGAAUGGCCGCCAUAUCUCAGGCCAACAUCAAGUGUGUCGGCUCGCACUGCGGCGUCUCUAUUGGAGAGGACGGACCCUCACAAAUGGCAUUAG